AUCUCAAGAACUUAUGCAUUUAUGCAGAGUUUUCUAGUUGAAUGAUUUUGGGCGCUGUUAUGACCCUUGAAUAAAAAAUGUGUUUUGACCUGUUAAUAGUUUUAGCUCGACUAUACGAAGUAUAUGGAGAACUGCCCUACUUGCCCUGUCGUGGCGUCUGCGUCCAGAUUAAAGUUUUUGUGCAGUAAAAUGAUUUUUCAUUAUAACUUUAACAUUUCUUAACCCUUUCCCCCAUGAGCAUAUUGUGAAAAAUGGCCAUUUUCACUGAAAAGCCUCCUCUUACAAGUUCAAACUGCUAUGAAACUAUGAAACAUGCUUCAAUACUAAUCAAACUUGGCACAAAUGUUGACUGGACCAUUGCCUUUGUAACGACAUGCUCAGUCUGAAAUUUCCUGUUACCAUGGCAACGAGGGGACAUUUCAAAAUUGCCAAAAAUCACUAUUUUGCCUCGUUAUUUUUUCCAUCAAAAUUUAUUUCAAAGUGCUGCAACUUCUCAAGGGUUUGAGAUAGAGUCAAAGGCUUUUCAGCGUUGGUCAUUUUAAGCCUCUCACAAGUCCAAAAUUUUCUUGGCGAUGAGGAGGACUCCGCCCCCCUUUCAAACCACCAAACAGAAGGGGGCACACCCCCCUUCUGGUAACCUCCUGAUGUAUCUUUUGGAUGGGGGGCCGCGCCAAAAAAGUGCUCACUAUUUUAGCAACAUUUCUCAAACGAAAACAUGUGUUUGGGGCCCGAAUAGGACAUUUUUUCACUAUUUUAGGCCUAAAAAAGGGAGGGGGGGUCGAAAGUGCGUUGUUUCGCGUAUAUAUGUGGUAAAGGGUUAAGGUAUCAACUUCAAACUUCAAAUAUAUGUUCCUUAUCAUCAACCACAUCUUAUGUGACAAGGUUCAUAACUCUAGCACCAAUAUUUUCAGAUUUAUCUCCCCACUCAGAAUUUUCCUUACAAAAUAGUAUUUUUUACUGUUACUUUAUUUCUUAAGGGAUCAACCUCAUACUUCAAAUAUAUGUACAUUAUCAUCAUCCCCGUCUUAUGUGACAAGGUUCAUAACUCUAGCACCAAUAUAUUUAGAUUUAUCUCCCCUUGAACUUAGAAUUUUCCUUAAACAAUAAUAUUUUUUAUUAUUACCCCUCACUUUUUUCGUAAUGUUAAUUUCCCAUAGGCCUCUGGGAGUUAUUCUUACUGUUAAUGCAAGUGUACCAUGUGACUAAGAAUUUUGUACUGUUACAUAGGUAACAGUAUUUUUUAACAGUAUAAAAUCUGGUCACGUGGUCUAUUUUCUAAAUAUUGAAAUGGCCGCCAUCUUCUUUCCUCGAUUUAAGGUUUUAUUUUUAAAUUUUAAUACGUAGUGCCAUUACAACAGUAAAUCAGGAGGGACCAUGAACCACCGAAAUUAGUUGUUUGUAACCUAAAAUGCUUUUCGUGUCUAAAACCGCUUUGGGUUGAAUGAUAAAAUUGCAAGUCGUGUCUGGUUAGCAGCAGAAAACAAAAUCGCAUGGAUUGCCUGCACAAAAAUGGAACAAGCAAAUAAACAGUUUAAAUCUACAACAAAGAAUAUUUACAAAAAUUAUUAGUUGCAGCUGAUUCAGUGAGCACCAAACGAGUUAUUGAUCGUUCCAAAAAGCUCUUCAAUGAUUUUCUGGUGAGCGCAUCGAUUGAUAUUCCUAUCAAUGAAAGAAUUUCUUAAUGAACAUGUUGAACUUUUCCUUGCUUCCAUUAGAAAAUUAGAUGGAGAUGAUAUGAACAAGAAAUCAUUGGACAGUGUGAAAUAUGGACUUUCAAAGUUUCUGAUGAUUGACUUCAAAAUUGACUUGAGCAGUUCAGAUUUCAGUGGCACAAAAAGAACCUACACAGCAAAAGUAAAACAACUGAAAAUGAUGGUAAAGGAUCUGUACAACAUAAAAGUCUUAUAGAAAUUGCUGACUUAAAGAAGCUGAAUGAUGUUGACUGUGCACAAGAACCGUAACUCUGUCUUGCCUAAUUUUUUAUUUAUCCCCCUGUGGACUUCAGAGCCAUGUCUGGUUCUUUCUUAUGUGGUAUCUAAUCAGAUGUGGCCAAGAAAAUCUACGCUCUAUGACAAAGUCUACAUUCUCUAUUGGUGCCACUGGUUCGGGUCGAAGAUACAUUGAACAAGUUAUUGAUGAGGCUGACAAAAAUCACAGUGGAGAUGUACACCCAGACCAAACAAUUGGUGAAGGGAAAUUGUAUGAUUGGGGUGAAAAUCCAAACUGCCCAGUGAGAAUGUUCGAAAAGUACAUGUCUAAACUAAAUCCAAAGUGUGAAGCACUAAGGCAAGGGCCUCUUGAAUCAUUUAAUGAAAAUGAUAAAGUGUGGUUUUAUAACGCUCCACUGGGGAAAAGUAUACUUGCAAAUUUAAUGCCAAAAAUCUCUACACAGGCAAACUUGUCUCGAAUCUACACUAAUCACUGCCUAAGGGCUACAGCAAUCAAAGCACUUGAUGACGCCGGAGUUGAAGCCCGUCACAUUAUGAGAGUAUCUGGACAUCAGUCAAUGUUGUCCAUAGAUUUGUAUGCAAAACGCCUUUCUGAAUCGAAGAAAGAAGAAAUUAAUGACAUUCUCUCAGCACCGUUUGUUGCAAAGCCAUUAAAAGAACCAGCUUCAUGUACUACUUCUAUACAGAAAACAACUACAAGUUCAACCUCCAAAAGAAAAAGCUUAGUCCCUACAGCAACUGUAAGUUCUGUGCCGCUAGAUGACCUUGAUUCUAUUGACUAUGAAGACUUAUUCAAUAAGGAAAAUGAUUUUUCUGAAAUGAAUCAAAUUCCUAUCUGCACCAGUAUUUCUCAAGUGAAAAACACAGCUUCUAUUCAGUCUGGUGGUGUCUCUGAGAACAAACCUCGGCACCAAUAUUCAAUAUAAGCAAUUGUGUUGUACACUUCAAUUAUGGUAGCAAAUAACUCAGAUAACUUUGUUGUUACAUAUUGACAUACAUUCAGAUUUUUAGUUGUAAAGUUCAUUUGAGAUAUAACAGUUAAAAAAGAAUUUUAACUGUCUUAGGUGAUUAAGUACACAAGUUUCAGGUUGUCAAAUAUGUUUAUGAUUUUGCAGUUAAAUAUUCAUAUUGACAGUUUUCUGAUAAUUCUAUAUAAUGUCUUAAAUGUUAUAUUUGCUGUUAAUUUUCUU